UAUAUAUAUGUAUAUUUAUUUUAGUGUGUUAAAGUUCUGUAAAUAUUUAGCGUAAACAGAUAAAAUUGAUAAACCAAUAACCGCAGCGUACGUUUAAUUCACAUUGUGCUUGGAUAAUGACAAAAAGUCACCACAUUUAUACCCAUGCGAACACAGCACCUGCCAGUUAACAAAGUUGAAAAAGUUAUAUGGGCCCAAAAAGAAAUGCAAUAUGCAUAAUAGUUAUAAAUGUAAAACAGGAAAUACAGGAUAUCUAACGACAAAUUCAGCAACGUUUGCAAAACACAAAAAUUGCUGAAUAGGCAAACACACAAAAAGAUGCAGACACACGCAGACAACAAAAGCCAUAACAAAGUGCUCGAACCAAAAUAAAUGCAUAUGCAUGAGUGUAUGUAUGUAUGUUUGUAAGUUAUGUGUCAAAAUGUGUUGACUGAAUUCUGAUUGGAUCACUGGAAUACAAUUAAACUGUGUGCAACAAGAACGUUCGCUGAUUACAUUUACAAUCAAGAUCUUUACAAAUUUUUAUCUCAAAUUUCGCGCUCGAAUAUGUCCGACGGCGUCAGCGUGCUGCACAUAAAACAGGAGGUGGACACAUCAUCGGCUGGCGGCGCUAGCAAUUCGUGCUGCAGUCCCAGCUCCAAGGCAACCACAACCGGCCACAACAAUUCCAGCAACAGCAACAGCGGCAUGAAGUCCUCGCCUUCGGUCUCGCCUGAGCGCCAGCUAUGCAGCUCCACCACAUCCCUCUCCUGCGAUCUGCACAAUGUCUCGCUGAGCAAUGACGGUGACAGCAACAAGGGCGGCGCCGGCAGCGGCAACGGCGGUGGUAAUGGCAGCGCCAGUGCCCACAACUCGAGCAGCGCCAGCGCCAGUGCCGGCAGCGGUUCGGUGCGCGACGAAAUGCGUCGCCUGUGCCUGGUGUGCGGCGAUGUGGCAUCGGGCUUCCACUAUGGCGUCGCCAGCUGUGAGGCCUGCAAGGCGUUCUUCAAGCGCACCAUCCAAGGCAACAUCGAAUACACGUGUCCGGCCAACAAUGAGUGCGAGAUAAACAAACGACGCCGCAAGGCGUGCCAGGCCUGCCGCUUCCAGAAGUGCCUGCUCAUGGGCAUGCUUAAGGAGGGCGUGCGCUUGGAUCGCGUGCGCGGCGGCCGGCAAAAAUAUAGACGCAAUCCGGUGUCCAAUUCGUACCAGACCAUGCAGCUGCUUUAUCAGUCCAGCACCACUUCGCUGUGCGACGUUAAAAUACUGGACGUGCUCAACUCCUAUGAGCCGGAUGCGCUCAGCGUGCAGGCAGCGCAGCAGCAGCAGCAGCAACAACAGCAGCAGCCACACACGACCAGCUGCAAUGACGAGGCCUCCUCCUCCUCCGGCAGCGUCAAGCUGGAGAGCAGCAAUGGCACGCCGAAUGGCACUUGCAUUUUCCAGAACAACAACAAUGAUCCGCACGAAAUACUUGGUGUACUUAGCGAUCUCUACGACAAGGAGCUGGUCAGCGUAAUUGGCUGGGCCAAGCAGAUACCCGGCUUUAUAGAGCUGCCAUUGAACGAUCAGAUGAAGCUGCUCCAAGUGUCCUGGGCUGAGAUCCUAACGCUGCAAUUAACCUUUCGCUCGUUGCCCUUCAAUGGCAAACUGUGCUUUGCCACCGACGUCUGGAUGGACGAGCUGCUGGCCAAGGAGUGCGGCUAUACGGAGUUCUACUAUCAUUGUGUCCAGAUAGCACAGCGCAUGGAGCGCAUUUCGCCACGCCGCGAGGAAUACUAUCUGCUGAAGGCACUGCUGCUGUCCAAUUGUGAUAUACUGCUGGACGAUCAGAGCUCGUUGCGUGCCUUCCGCGACACCAUACUCAAUUCGCUCAACGAUGUCGUCUACUUGCUGCGCCACUCGUCCGCGGUGUCCCAUCAGCAGCAGCUGCUGCUGUUGCUGCCCUCGCUGCGGCAGGCGGACGACAUACUGCGACGCUUCUGGCGCGGCGUCGCACGCGACGAGCACAUCAACAUGAAGAAACUGUUUCUCGAGAUGCUCGAACCGCUGGCCAGGUGAAAGUGAGCCACAACCGCAAGCAGGAGCAGCUCCCAACAGCAGCAGCAGCAGUAAAUUGCCAGUCGAUUUAGCUUCUAAGUUCAGGUGCAAAUAUCGGUUUAAGUUGUAGUUACUAACCUAUAGCUUGUAAGCAUUCAAGGUGUAGCUCAUAACUAGUGUAUAUAGCGUGUCUGUGUAUGUGAAUUAUGCGUAGAGUAAAGAGUACAUCGUAUUGAAAA